AUGUUAAUGACGAUUUUCUUACAAAGCAAAGAGACCAGCAGCGACAACGGCGAUGGCACCAACCAUACCGUUAGCAGACAAACCACCGGCAGCAGCACCGCUAGCAACAGAGACGGCUGGAGAAGAGUAGUUGGAGGUACCGUUGGAAGCAGCAACAGAGGUGGAGUUGGCAGCUUCGGUGGUGGCGACAGCAGCUUCGGUGGAAGAGUAAGUGGAGUAUGGGCAGCUGGUGACUUCAGAACCACAGGAGUAGAUGGUACCGGUGACGGUGGCAUCGACGUCGGUGACAACGACAGUGGUGGAGGCAGCAGCGGUGGCGACGAAGAGAGCGACAGUAGAGAAUUGCAUUUUUAG